AUGUCAGCGUCAGCCUUAGCGUCACCCGUUCUCAUUGUCAACAUGAAGCGCACGCCCUCCAAUCGCCUCUACAAGCGUCAGGCUACAGAUACCUCAGCUACCUCGAGCACAACCUCGGCUUCUUCCACCACCUCUACCACCACCACCACCUCGUCCGCUCCCACCUCCAGCUCCACCUCGUCCGCUCCCACAACCACCUCAUCCUCUGCAUCACUCACCACCCCUACAAGCGCCACCACUCCCACGUCGGUCACCUCGGCUACCUCGGCCACUUCCGCCACCACCCCAAACACCUCCAGUGCGCCCUCCUCAGCUGCUUCCGCCACUUCCGCUACCUCGAUUCCCGUCGUCGUCGUCACCUACACCACCACCGACAGCAAUGGCGCUCUCGUCACCGGCCUCACCAGCUCGGCCAACCCGACUGCAACAGCAACUGGCCGUCCCGACUCCGGCUCCGGCGGUGGUUCGGAUCCCAACCUCGGCGCUAUCAUCGGUGGUGUCGCUGGUGGCGUCGCUGGUCUCAUUAUAUUGAUCUGGCUCAUCCUGCUUCCAUUGCGCCGACGUGCCAAAAAGGCCAAGGAGGUCGAGUGGCUUUCGUUCGGUCAAGAGAACGACCACGUCAACGAGUCUAGCGCCGAGGCCGUCUACGGUCGUGGAGCUGGAGGCACCAGCAGCGCAGAGGCCAAAGGUGGCAGUGUCGCCAACGUCAACGAGAUUCAGAUGGACGAUAUGGCUCACGAAAUGGCGCAGCAACCCUACCACUACCAGAACAUUGACAAUGGUGCUGCCUGGGGCGCUGCUGGCGCUGCCGGUGCCGGUGCCGGUGCCGGUAUGGCCGGUGCAGCUGCCUAUGCUCGCCACGACCAGUAUGCGCAGCAUCCACAAGAUGGCUACGACGCCUACUACGCUCAACAGGGCUAUGCAGGUCCGCACUACCAGCAGUACGCCAUGCAACCUCAGCAAGGUUGGGCAGCUCAGCCGCAGGGCGUCUACCCUCAAGCCGAAGCGUGGGGAGCCGCUCCGGGCUACACCAGCCCCGGCCAGUCUCAGGCACACGGUAACCCCGGUUUGUCGCACAACCUUUCCAUAGGCUCCACAAAGGUGGGCGAAGCUGGCGCCGGUUCACAGGCAGGUCACAAGGGCUCACAAGAGGGUCAUGCUGCCAACGCACCCACCCAGUACGGCUAUCAAUCACCACCACUCGGCACUCAAUCCCCGCAACAAUAUCCACAGCACUACCACGGCCACGCUGCCACUUCGUCGCCGCCCAUGGAGGCGCAAUACUAUCAGGGACACCAACAGGGCCAGUACACCUAUGCUGAGCCGCAGCAGCAGCAGCGCCUCCCAGAUCAGCGCGCUGGCUCGCCCAACAGCAUCACCAGUCAAGCGCGCGCCAACAAUGACACCAACAACGGUGCUGGCGGAGGAUUACACCUCGCCAAUCCUUAA